CUCCUCUCAACGACGCGUCAUCUACAUUCUCUUCUACGUUGUUCCGCAAUCGGAGGACCUUAUAAGAACACGUUGCUAGUAUCAAAGACGAAGACGCAAUGUCAGAUUAUGAUGAAGAUCUCUCCGAUUUUGAGGAUGAUUCUCUGCCUUCAACCCCGGACCAAACUUCAGACAGGCAGACCGCCAUGUUCGCGACGUUACUAGACUCGCUUCCCUAUGCUUGCGAGCCUGCAGAAGUUAUGAGAUCUCACUUAGAAGAUAUCAUCAGCCGGCUUGUUAUAUGCGCAGAAGCCAAGGACUGGUUUUGCCUCAUGCACUGGGAGGGUAUGCUAGGGCGCUGGCUCAUGCUGAAGUAUCCUAUUCAGAUUUCUACGCGAAAGCAACUUGUGCAACUUUUCUAUGAAUUGUCUCUACUCCCUGGCAUCGAGCCUCGCAUCACCAGGAGCUGGGUCAAUAUGGUAUCGAGAUUAACCAGUAAUAAGGGUAUUCAGCGUCAACUAUAUGCAGACGGCUUCCGACUUUCUUGGGUGCCACUCUGGAGAGUCUUAAAGAAGGAACUCUUCCCAAAAGAGAGACUGACUGGCAAUCCGCGUAACAUGAACAAUAUUUACCUCUAUCUCGCUGAGAAGUGCAGUCGUUACUUUGAUGCCUCGGACAUUGAGGAUAUGUUGUCAACUUUCCUACCUAUGUUAACAUCUCAGACGACGCUCACGAUGAUGCCUGUCCUCACCUCCUUUUUGCCUCCCACUCACUGUCACCACUAUCUCCCCAUUAUGUUUGGAACAUGGGAAUCAUUGAACUCGUUUGUCUUGGAUGAUCGCUUGUUCGAGUUCAUGGGUGUGCUUUCAGAGGGGCAUGUUGCAGGCAAGGCAGGGUAUAGCGACUCAGAAGCUGGAGCCGAAUGGAAGGACGUCGGCAUCUGGACUGAACACCAAUGGGCCAUGCUGAUGAGCAAAGCCCUUUCCAGCAUGCAUGUCCCCGCUGGGAAACUCAAGAUGACCAGCACGACUUCAAUUCAAGCAGACGCUUUAGCGCUUCGCCAAGGAUCUAAAGUCAAAAAGUCAAUUAGCAGACUCAAUUUUAUUGCGAAGAUUUUUGUUUGGAGCAUGGCCGUAGAUGGACCUGUGCGGGGCGAAUCUGCUGCAUCUUCAUCCAGUGAAGCCUCUGGCCAGGUCGGGUAUCGAGCAGGAUCCAAAGCUCUAGAUUCCUUGGAUAAACUGAUCACCAGCCUCGAAUCCUUUUUCCAUCCAUCCAAUCACGGGCACUGGUCAAUGAUCCUCACCAACUUUCUGACUCGCCUCACGCUUGAAUUCAGCGAGAGAUGGUAUGACGAACAGCAAAGGUCUUGUAAGACGCCAGCAGCACAGCGGUUAACGCCAGACAUCCGCCGCAGUUUCGUAUUGACUCUUCGCACGCCUGCGUUGCUCUCUAUGUUCUCCAAAGACCCGACAUCCAUGUCCAUGGCGCAUUCAGCUGUGCGAAUAAUGGCUAUAUUUGAGCCAAAUUUGAUGAUGCCCCAGCUGCUUGAACGUGCUUACGGUGGGUUAGAAGUCGUAAAUGAGACUCAUCGUACGACUGCUGUCCUGAAAUUGCUGUCGAAUGUCUCGCGUCCACUUGUUUCGGAGAAGAUCUGGCGGGGCGGUCCUAAACACGUCUUGCCCCUCUUGGAGCUUUGCAUCCCUGGGAUUGACUUGAAUGACCCAAACAAAACGGUGUGCACAGCUUCGUUCAUCGUGAGCAUCGUUCAGCAUAUCAUGAUUGGUGACCUGUCCAUGCAUCAAUUUGGGGUGGCUUUAAGCGGAGAUGCUCCUGGGGAAGAAAUCAUGGUUGUUGACUCCAAUGAGCAACUACCGGACGGCGCUGAGUCAGGUCCAUUUGCCGUGCUGAGUGUUGAGGAAGAGCGAACUUUGACAAGGGAGAGCACUGCAGCUUUCGCAGACUGGGUGGUUUCACUUUUCCGUCGGGUGAUUUCUCUGUACGAAAACCUGCCAGAAGAAGGUGGCAAGAAGAACACUACCGGUGGCAAGCAGGAGGAGACGGUUCUCAAGGCUAUCAAAGGCAUGCUUGUCAUUGUCUGUUUACAUCUCUCCGACCACCUCUACGAUCUCGUUCUCAAUCUCGUUUAUGAUUACGCUACUACUAACGCGAAAUCAAACGCCAUCCGGCCGCUCGGUCACCUUGUGGCCAGUCUCGCCAGAGCGCGACCCCAGAAAACCGUGGACAAGUUUAUUCCUAUAUGUAGUUUACAGGUCCGAGAAGAGCUCGCCCAUGGGGCAUCUAGCACGAGAAAUACAUCCACACAUACGUCGGUUCCUUCAGACACUACGCUGCACUGGAAUUUGUCUAUCCUUCGUGGCUGUCUGGGCAAUGGUGGAGCUGCGCUCGUGAAGCAUCAAGAAGAUAUUGUCGGCUUGUUAUCGCUACUAGUUGAAAAGACCAAGAGUGAACGUGGCUAUUCGAGUACUGGCACCCUGGUUUCCAGGGUUCUUCAGUCCUUGACGUCAGUGUAUCCAAUCAAUGAUAGAUUCGUCAACGCCGACGACUGGCAACGUGAAGACUUUGUACAUUCCCACAAUCUACACUGGGGCCGUGUAUAUGAGGCUAAGGAUGUCAAGAUUGAAUGGCACGUUCCUUCGUCAGAGGAGAUCAGCCUUGCGCUAGAGAUCAUCACUCGUGUUGUUGAGCCUACCCUGGAAAAGGUCGAUGCCUUGCUCGGCACUCGUGGCACUUGGGAUAGCAUUGGCCGAAAUGACUUCUGCCGGUAUCUUCACUUCUGUAGAGCUGCCUGGAGUGGUUUACCAACCAUUUGUCGAGAGGGUCACAAGGAAGUCCCUGAUCCGUGCGCCGAUCCGGAUGUGGAAAUGGAAAACAUGACGCCGGAAGCUUUACAUAUAGCUGCAGGAUUCGUGCUGACGGCACAGGAGGAUCCUACAUAUCAAGCUUUUACCCGCUAUCGCCUACGCUACGGUGAUGUGGUUCACCGCGCGGCAACGGCUCUUCUACAAAGCCAUGGAGAAAGCGAGGAUCAUCUAGAUGCCAUUGUUGGUGUUGUCAGAGCCAUUGACACAUAUUUCCUGGACUACGGUAUGACCAGGGGAGAUCUGACUGCCCUUCAAAAGAACUACGACCAAGCGAGAGAGACUAACCGUUUAUCCCCUCGGUACAAGGAAAACGUCCGUCUAGUAUGGAUCAAACGGGCGCAUGUCUAUCAUAAUGCACGGGUUUACAUGCACUCUUUAUAUCGACGACGUUCCGAGCUUGAUGACAAGCUUCUACGGGAUGCCCUAGCUGAACUUUGCCUAUCACCGUAUCUGCGUGUACGACGCUUGGCGCAGAGUGUCUUGCAGAAUGUCUGUUGGUACUACGUGCGCGCGACGAGGCUCAUUCUGCCCUCGAUGUUCAAAGCAUUGGGCAAAGGAAACGAGCCUGAUCGCAUGAAAGGGGCGCUAUAUGUCCUCGGCAACAAACAAACGAUGGCGUAUGCUUUGUCAGAUGUGCUUCACCGUCACGGCUUUUUGCAGUCUCUCCUCGAGAGUCAGUACGAAGAAAAGCCCUCAGUUCAGAAGCUUGUCAGCGAUUAUAGUCAAGAUAGCCUUGCCUACCUGAGUGAAGAGCUCGUACGGACAGGGGCGUAUACUGAUGAAACCCCCAAUGUCCAACAGGUCACCAAUGCCCUGAAGUCUGAGAUCACUUCCGUUGCCACUUACGAGAAAUUGCGGGAGGAAUCUCUACAGCUUGCGCCUCGCCGCGUAAAAAGGACAGUGCAAGCACAUGCCGAAUUGGUAAAUUCCAUCCUUGAGGUUGCCGUGCGACCAACCACCCACUGGAGAUAUGUCCUCAUGGCAGCUCGUUUCCUGAACGAACUUAUGCGCAGAGAUGCUCCCGUCUCAGUAGAUUUGGCCAAAUUCUUCGUAAAUCAAACUAUUAGCCCGCAGCCAACGAUCAGGUCUAUUGCAUUGAAGGCAAUCACAAAACUCACAGCACACAUCAAAGUGCGCUCGUAUGCCAAGUCGGACCAGGAGCUUUGGCUCUGCGAAUGGAAGAGUCCAUGGGCCAGGCAUAUUCCAGUGAGCAACCCAUCGGAGUUCCUAGAGUCUCUGCAUCAUCCUGUAGAACAAACAAAAUUCUAUGUCGAUAAAAUCAUCACGGGAUUCCUACUAUGGGCACCUUCUAUCAAGGUGUAUACAAUCGAGGAUGCGAACGCUACCCAUAUCGAACUGGAAGACCAGUCAAAGAGCGCUCUGUCGUCGAUGAAGAGCAUGCUCACCUCUGCCUACUGGUCUCAGCUUUUGUCGCUGUGGACUCAGGAAACCACAAGCUCUAGAUCUUCAGAUUCAGAUACUCUCCGAAGAGAGCACUGCCGUUACAUUGUAGUGCUCUCAAAGUCUUUCAGAGAGCUUCCCGAAGCUUUACUGGAUGCCGUGGAACCCCUGUUAUCGGAUACGGACAAGUUCAAGCAGAGAGCUGCAGCCGAAAUUCUAUCCGGGCUCAUCCGCGGAGCGAAGCAUUGGCCUCGGGCACCUCUAGACUCACUUUGGUCAUGGAUAAUGUCACGCUUUGAUCGCACAUUCUCUCAAGUGAGACCGGAUACUGCUCAAUUUUGGGAGCAAUUUCUUGCAAUCUGUUUACAAAACCGAGAUCCUAGGCGGAACCAACCUCUGGUAAACUGGAUACUUGCUUUGCAUAUCGAUUUCCAGGGAGACUCAGCGUUCACGAUGACGAAGACACUAAGCGUCCUAAGCGUAUUAAUCGAUGCUCUUGGCAUUCGAUUUGCCCCGCACGCUGAAAAAUACACGAAGCUACUGUUCGAGAACGCGCACACCGGUUAUGCUGAGUUAAGGAUAUCUAUCGGAAACAUGCUACUUUCCAUAAGCCGAAACACUUGGUCCCCAACUUACCCCUCUGUUGGAUCAUUACUUGAAGCUUGCAGAAACACCGAGGAUCCUCUUCGUACAGCAAAUGAGGAUUUCUCUCGUCACAUAGUCCAAAUCCAACAAGAUCUGGCACGUUUGAAGAACGAACGCCUUCCACCCCCGCGGAGCAGCCAGUCUGAUUAUGACAAUGUCUCGAUGACCGUACUUCUAUGGUGCUGGAUUUCUUUCCAUGCCCCAGAAGCAUGUCUCUCGUACCGCGGCGUGGUCACUUUACUGCCCGAUUUCAUCAAGAUGUCUGAACUUAAUGACAACACAGAGCUUCAGAGAUAUAGCUCGGGUGUCCUCUAUGUGCUGUCGGCGGUUUAUUUCCCCCCAACCUAUGUGGAGAGCAUCUUGAACAUUUUGAUCGAUUCCGUCAAGAAGUCUCAAUCGUGGCGAAUAACUCUGAACAUUCUACCCGCGCUGGUGGUAUUCUUUUUCAGGAAUCUACUUUCUAUCUCACCAGAUGGUGUUUCCAAAGUCACCGAUCUUUUACUGAACUGUCUGAUGGAUGAGAAUAUUGAAGUGAGAGAGACUGCUUCAACAACACUGUCAAGCCUUGUCCGCUGUUCAGAACGUCAGAGAAUUGACCCCCUGAAGAAACGGUUCGUAACCCUCGAGCGCAAGACGCAGCUUCCUGCGAGGUCACAUCCCGAAUACGCGAUAACUUUGCGAAAGCUUCACUCGGCAAUCCUGGGACUUUGUGCCCUGAUCGAAAGUUUCCCCUACUCCGUGGAACCUUGGAUGCCUCCUCUCACUGAAGUCUUGGCGCGACAUUCCACAGAUCCACCACCUAUUUCCACCACAAUUCGCAAGUGCGCUUCAGAUUUCAAGAAAACUCAUCAGGAUACAUGGCACACCGAUCAACUCGCCUUCGAUGAAGACCAACUCCAAAGCCUGUCUUCGAUGCUCGUUGGGACAUCAUACUAUGCCUGAUGAAUUAAGAGAAUUCACUUCAUACUUCCCACACGCUAUAUCAUAAACAUCGCGA